GAGGCCCAACCCACUUAGUUCUUUCUCUCUAGUUUUCACCCGCAGCCGCAGCGCCGCAUAUUCCCUUCUUCAUUCAUCUUAUUCCGACAACCUCGUCACCACCGAACAAAACCCAGCUGCUGCCGCGCCGACUCGCUCCAAUCUCCUCUCAUAGAGGUACAGUUGAGAUCUAAAUUUGCCCAUAAUCGUAUUCUCAGAUAAUCGACCUUGAGAAUUUCGCUAUGGCGGCUUAUGGUGCAGCGACUUCUCUGAAGAUUACGAUUCAGCGUAUUCUGCAAUCGUCUCGCAUUUCCCUUGUUUCCCCCUCUCUGCAAAUCUUACUAACCGCCUACGAAGAGAUGGAUCAAUUGCAGAAAGUUCUGCUAAAAUUGGAUGACACAAGCUGCAGCAAGAUCAGGACGAAGGUGAAUGCUGCGGAUGAACGAAUCAAAGAGGCAGUUUGGGAAUUUGAAGAUUUACUCGAAUCCCACGUCUUACAUCACAUUCUUCCACAACUCGAAAGUGAGAGAGAUCACUUGUCUUUCUCUGUAGAUCUGCAGAGUCUGCAACACCGUGUUGAUUCUUUCAUUGAGAAGAUGAAGAUGAUGGAGGAGGAGUACACUAAUGAAAUGGAUAAUCUGCCUGAAGAAGAAGGCGAGCCUGUUUUCUCAAGAAUUGAUUUUGGUGGAAUCAAGUCAAAGAUGGUUGGAUUAUCUGAUGAAUUUGAAAAGGCGAGAGAUUUUCUUCUUGAAGAAAAUAACAAUAACAACUAUUCAAUUAUUGGGAUGGCUGGCAUUGGAAAGACAACUCUUGCUAAGCAUAUUUUUGAAGAUCCAUCAAUUCGGAGCCAUUUUAAGUUUCGAGCAUGGGUCAAAGUGGGCAGAAAAUGCGAAUAUGAUGAACUAUUGCGAUGCAUUCUAGCUCAAGUGGAUCCCAAUGCUUACCAAAUGCUUACCCAAGGAGAUGAUGAUGAGGAAUUAGUUGGACUCUUGAAAGAAAGAUUGAAAGAUAAGAAAUGUCUCAUCGUGUUGGAUGAUGUUUGGGAGAUACAAGUAACAAAUCGCUUAACAAGUUGCUUGCAAGAAAAGAAUAUUGCUGGAAGGAUUCGAUUCUUACUCACAAGUAGACAAGAAAUAGUAUAUGAGAGGGAUGGGUACGAAAGAGUUCGCUUGUUGAACGAGGAAGAAAGUAAGGAAUUACUUGGUGAGAAGGUGUUUGGUGAAGAGGGUUUCCCUCCUCAACUUGAGGAGCUGGGAGAGAAGAUUGCGAAGAAAUGUGAAGGUCUUCCUCUUAUGAUAGUCACGAUUGCAGAGCUCCUAUCAAAAGCCGACAAGACCCAAGAAUCCUGGACUGAGGCACUCAAACAACAGAGUUCGGUUUUCAUGGAUGCAUAUAAUCAAAUAUCAGAGGUACUCUUCCCAAGCUAUGACUAUUUACCCCAACAUUUAAAAAUGUUCUUCCUCUACAUGGGAGCUUUCCCUCCAUAUAUUGAUAUACGUCCAAUCCUGAUCAAUAAUUUGUUGAGUGCUGAGGGGUUUCUUGAACCGAUUGAAGAAGAAAGUUUUGAAGAUUUUUCCGAGACAUGCUCGGAAAAUCUUUCUUUGUGGUAUCAUCUUGUUCUUGACGGAUCAGAUUCUUGGUUAUCAGCUAAAAGGUAUCGUGUGCAUUCCUGCUGGCAGCAUUUGUGUAAGGUAGAAGCGAGUAAGAUCAAGUUUCAGCAUGUGUUACAAAGUUGUGAUGAAGUUACAGAAGACCAACGUCGGUUGUGUGCCCAUUGCCACACUUUGUUUGCCUUCAAAGAAGUGUAUGAUUCAAUAAAAAGUGAUUGUGCAUCCACUGCCCGUGCUCUCCUUUGUUUUGGUCCUUAUCACCAAUAUCCAAUCCCAAUACAUGUCAUGGGUUUCAAGUUGCUAAGAGUAUUAGAUGUUGGUAAAGUCCGAUUUUACCAUAUCCCAACUGAGAUUUCGAAACUAGUUUAUCUACAAUACCUUGCCCUAACUUGCACCGGGGAUCUCCUUCCUUCCAUAUCCAACCUUUGUUUUGAUAUAUGUGUAAUCAGUUUAUGAUUUUUUUUUAAUAGCUUAAAAUUUUCAGAUUCUGGCAAUGUACUAAUUAAUUUAUGACUUCAUAUUUCAAAUUUACGAGAUCCCUUAGUGGAAGUGAAUCUUGUUAAAGA